UGGUAGCUUUUCCUCUUCAGUUUGACGGCUGGUUCGUGCGGGGUAGAGCUUCCCUCCUCGGCUGGUUCGCGCGGGGUAGUGCUUCGAACGAGUCGCUUGCCUGUCUAGGGUUUGGUUUUCCUCUUCAUUUAUUCGUUGCCGUUCUGCUUCGCUUGAAGUAGAUUUAUGAAAGAGUCGAAGCUUCUCCGCCUACUCCGACGAAGUUGUUCCUGUCAGUUCAUAAGACGCGCCGGCAGCUCGCCGUGAAGCCAUUCUUUUUGUUUGUGGGUUCAAAGAUGACAGUGAUGUUGAAGAAGCUUCAGCAAAAGUAUGCAAGGGUUAAAGAUGAGAUGGUGCGAUGGGAUGAACUUCAAUCUCAAUUGCUUUCACAAUUUGGAAAUGGGGCUUCCAUUAUUAAUAGGCUACAGGUGCUUAACGUGGAUAAGAAUUAUGAUGCCCUAGAAGUUCUGCCUGGAAUUAAAGAGACUCUUCUUGGUAAACAGAUUGAAACAUUGGAAAUGAUAUUUAUAUCCUUGACAGAGCUGAUGAAGGAGUUUCAUAGGAUUGUUCUAUCCUUAGAUAAAAUUGCAAGAGAUGCUAACCAAUUAUUAAGAGAAGCAACUCCAUACCAGAUGCAACUAUGUGUUGGCAUUCAACCAAGUCUUCAACAAUGCUUGGAUGGUCUUAAUACUUUUCAUAAGAUGCAUAAAUCAGAAUUCCUCCUUAAAUCUUCAAUUCUUUCCUCAUUGAUGUUGAAAUACUUUAAAUGCAGUGCUGAUGAUGUAGCUACUCUUCGGCAACUCCUUGUCGACCAACCCAACAUCCCCAAAGAUGAAGUUCAAACAAUUUUUGACAUAAUACUACCAAAGGUAGCUGAUGAUGGUCUCACAGGUAGGUGAUAUUUGGCUUAUUUUUAAGCUUUGUUUUGCAAAUUUAAGCUUUGUUUGGGAUAGUUUUAUGCCAUUAUUUUUUUCUUAUUUUUAACUUUACAAAACAGUAAGAAAACAGUCUCAAACAAGGCCUUAGAUUUAAGGGGUAGAUUUAAAGGUUAUGUGGAUAGAAAUGUAUAUGCAUGAAUAUUUAUUUGUUUGUCUUUAUUAAUAUUAUAAAAGGAGUUUAUGAUUAUUUUAAUAUGAAA